AAACCCACCAAAAAAACGUACUCCUGGCAAAAAAACAAAACCACAUCGUGCCUCCUAUUUGAUGCCGUGACUGUCUGCUGAUAAAGGAGCUGAAAAGUAUAUCCAAAUGCACUGGAAUACAGAAUAUAAUGAAACACAAAGGGUGGGAACAACACGAUAGGAGAGACAAAGAGAUCGUGAUUUACAAAGGUGGGUGUUGGGGGCAAUGGGGUUAAUGGGGGCAAACUGCCUGGAAAGCUUAGGCCAAAUUCUCCCUCAUCUUGCCAUCUUCACCAGAUCUCUUCUCCCUCAAAGAUCCUGGAGGCUACUUUCUUCAGCCCUCUGAUUGGCUUCUAACCCCCAGGAACGAAAUGUGGUACCUGCCCCAAAGAGUUAUUUAGGGUAUUCGUGGGUCAUGGGUGGGGUAAAGCGAUUCUCUCACUUUGAUAUUUAGCCCAAGAACAUUCUCCAGGGAGGAAAGACUACAAAUACUACCACCAUUGCCACCCCCAAUUCAAAUACCAUCAAAAUAGCUGGGGGGCAUUGUGUGGCAUGAUUUCAUGCCUUAAAUUCAAGGAAGGAAAAGAUUUUGGAGGAACUCAUACUGAGUAGAUAAAAAAAGAAGUAGGGGAGAAAGGAAAACCUCUUUGAUUUUGAUGCAGUCUAAUGCUGGUUGUCUUCUAACUCUGUUAGAAGAAACAACUUUUUUUAGAGAGAGGGACCCAGUGGCACAGCCACCCCAAGGCACUGGGUAUUUGCCCUGAGGAGAACUUGAGACUUUUCUACAAAACUCACAUCACUCACAGAACUCCUCCCCCUAUUCCUGAAGAUAAAUAGAUGCUAGAGUAUGACUCUGCAUUGGGCUACUGUUUGGGGAUGGGGGAACCCAACUCCUAUUUACCCAUAUACACCCAUCCUUCUCCAGCCCUAAUACCUGCAGGCUUCAGCUUUCCACAUGUACUGCUUCAGAAGGCUUCCUAAACAAAUGAUAGCUAUUACAAAGCCAGCCAAGGGUUAGAGACAAAAUCAUCCCGAUUUCCCGUCUAUAUAUAUGGAGAAAGCCAGACUAACCUCUGAGAUGAGUGGGGUUUCUUUACUUAAGAGUGAUGUUAGAUUCAACUGCAGGUUCUACUCCUCUUCCUGCCUAGGAUUAUUUCCUUUCUAGGGACCUCCUGCUCAAGCAGAAGAUUGGAGAAGACCUAGUGGUUCUCCUUGCUGUAAUGAUCCCUAGACAACUACCUAUUUUCUGGAAUUGGGAAUAUGACCAGCAUAAGAAUUUAUGGCUCUAGACCCAUCAGGGACAGACUAUUUUAGUGAAGGAUUUAGUGAUGAUUUAUACUGUAAUCUGUAUGUAUGGUUUUCCAGCAGAGAGGAGAUAGAAGGAGCCUGCCUGCUCUUGGAAAAAGUUAAAGAAAGUUAAGAGUAGAAGGGGCCUAAGACAUCAUGUCAUCUAAUCCCAUCAUUUUAUAGCCAAAGAACUUGAAACCUGGAGAGGGACAAUUAAAUAGCAAAGCUGGGACUUGCUACUUCAUUGUGCUGAUUCCUAAGUCCACUGCUCUUUCCACUACCUCUCACUGAGCUAGCCUUACUGAGGAAGGCUAUCCUGUCUCUCCAGAACAGUUCAACAGCCUUUAUUCCCUCCCCAGCCCCUUUGAGAUAAUGGACAGUGGCCAUCUGGGUCAUUCUAGAUCAUGAAUCUGACACAGGAAUAAGGAUCUGUGGAGGUAUCUCACCUGGAGCUGGGGAAGGCCCCUGCAGGUUCCCAAGCCAUGCUCCCUCCUUGACCUAUGUGGCCAGUAAGUGGGUGGAGAGCAGAUUGUGAUGUGUGCGGAACAUGGGAACAGGGGAUUCUGUAACCAGGAGGAGGAAGAAGGAACAACAGCUACUGGAGACAAAAAGAGCAGUCCACCCCUCUUCCUUCCUCUCCCCCUCCAAGUUCCUAAUAGAGAACAGAGCCCUGUGACCCCAGCUGGGGUAAAAAUACAGGCAAGCAUUUGGGGGCCAGCUUCAUUUUGGCGCCGCAGGCCCCAGCGGCUAAGGGCGUCAGCCUCCCUGGACGUCAAAGGCAGCUUCGGUGAACGCAGCCCUCCACCUGUCAAUACUACUCCUACCAGGGGGCGAUGGGAUGUCAGCCAGAUCCCGAAAAAACCACCAUCAUCCCAUCAGACCCACCACACUGUCAUGGAAGAGUAUGGCUAUGAAAUAGGCAGGGUGAUUGGUAAUGGCUCUUACGGCACAGUCUAUGAGGCCUAUUACAUUAAGCGAAGAGUCCAUGUUGCUGUCAAGGUCAUCUCCAAAAAGAAAGCCUCUGAGGACUAUCUUACCAAGUUCCUGCCCCGAGAGAUCCAGGUAAUGAAACUCUUGCGGCACAAGUACCUAAUCAACUUCUACCAGGCCAUUGAGACCACAUCUCGUGUGUAUAUGAUCCUAGAGCUGGCUCAGGGGGGUGAUGUUCUUGAUUGGAUCCAGCGCUUCGGGGCCUGCUCUGAGCACCUUGCCGGCAAGUGGUUCUCCCAACUCACCUUGGGCAUCGCUUAUCUGCAUAGCAAGGGCAUCGUGCACCGCCCCCGCCUGACCCCCAGGCCUUCUGCUGCCGGUAGGGACCUAAAGUUGGAGAACAUGUUGCUGGAUAAGCGGGAAAAUGUGAAGAUCUCUGACUUCGGCUUUUCCAAGAUGGUGUCAACUGACAUCCAGAGCCAGGAGAGACCUUCCCAACACCUCACAGCCUGCUUUUCCCAACUCAGCCGGACCUACUGCGGUAGUUUUGCCUAUGCCUGCCCAGAGAUCUUGCUGGGGUUGCCCUACAACCCUUUCCUCUCCGACAUCUGGAGCAUGGGCGUCAUUCUCUACACCCUGGUUGUUGCCCGUCUGCCCUUCGAUGACACCAACCUAAAAAGGCUGCUUCGAGAGACCCAGAGGGAGGUCACCUUCCCAACUAACCGCCUUAUCUCGCAGGAGUGCAAGGUGCUGGCCCCCCCGGGAGGGCUGGGGCCCAUGGGCAGAUCCACAGAAGAACCUGAUUCACACGAUGCUGCGCCAGGCUAUCAAUCGUGCUACCAUCCUGGACAUCGUCAAGAACCCCUGGGUGCUCAAGUUCCAGCCAGCUCGGCCCCACCAUGAAAUACAGUUACUAGAGGUCCUGUGUCUACCACAAAAUUCCAGCACUACCAAUAUUGCAAGUUGAGCAGGACUGAGGAAGAAGUCAGGAAGAGGGGGUUAAGGCAGGAAGUUGGGGAGGGGGCCAGGACUCUUCCCUCUAUCCACUUCUUUUUUUUAUACAAGAAAUCUAAUUCCCAUUUAAUUUUAUCAGCGGGGUGGGGAAAAGAAAUGAUUUCCCCAAGGAAAGCUUAAAAGGAGUCACUUCUAGGCUGUUAUAGAGGUUGGCCUCCAUCUGUAGUCUGCAAAGGUAUUUUAAACUUAAAUAUUGGACUGUGCUUUCUUUAAAGACAUAUGCAUAUGGGUUGGGGGGAGAAAUGGGAAAGAAGUAUCUUGGCUCUGCAUAUCUCCUCCUUCAAACUUUAAAAGGUGCUGACAACCUCCUAGGUGUACCCUUCUUAUCAUUAAGGUCUUUUUGUAUUAUCAAAAAUGGAAAAAGGGAGCCAAACUGUGGGCUUGUCUUAGG